AUCCAAUUAUUAAACAAGUUGACUUCUAUGAGCCUAGGUUCACCUUUUCUUUUUUGUUAGUUUUGUCUUAAAUAGACAUUAAACAAGAAGUUUGGAACAAUUUAUGAUGCUGUGGAUGUGACUAUGCAAAAAUUGAAGCAUGUGAGGUAUAUGGUAUGUAAGGCAAAAAUUGCUGUUGAAUGGCUUUGCUGUGUUAUGGAGGAGGUUGAUAUGAUUGAUAAUUGCUGUUAUUGAUGACGAGAAAUGGGUUAAAGAAACUAGGGCGGUUUAAGGUGGGUAUCUUAGUUCGGGAUUUGCUCUCUAUCGGGUCUGAUUUGAAGCGAUGGAAAAGGAUAAUAGUACGUGCAUCGCCAUGUUUACACUUGACGAUGGUGGUCAAGGAAGAGAGCUAUAAAUGCUUCACUUGUUAAUUGUUACUAUCAGGUUGAGAGUAUGAAAGUUACUGCAAACAGCAAGCCAUCUAACCAAGGAGAAACUAUAAUGUGGAAUUGGUUGAUGCUCUGGGGCCUUGCCUAAAGUUUGUUUCCUUGUCGAUAAAAGCAUGUGAGAAUUAUUACAAAUUCUUUAUUACUAGCUCGAUACUUGAUCUGAGUAUCGUGGGCCUUGAUGCCAUGGAUGGAGACACGAAUGGGCAGGUUCAGCAUCCUCAUUUUCUGAAAACCUGUUCGAAACCAAAUCUUGGGCUAGGUAGUGUAGUUUACCUAUUAGGGUACAGUGAGAAAAAGGAGCUGACAGUUGGUGAAGGGAAGGUUGUGAUCGCCACCGACAAUCUUAUAAAACUGUGUACAGAUGGAGUAGCAUGGAGCCCUGGGUCUGCCGGUUUUGAUGUUCAUGGAAAUCUUGCGUUCAUGGUAUGUGAUCCUAUGAAGCUCGCCACGUCUCCGAACUCAAAGUCAUCUACGACUUCACCAUCUUCAUCAUCGUCGUGGAAGAAGGAUAGUCCUAUGCAAUUUGGUAUACCAAUCCCCAUUAUAUGUGACUGGUUAAACCAGCACUGGGAGGGAAACCUCGACGAACUCAACAAACCCAAGUUGCCACUAAUGAGAUUGAUGUCUGGUGGCCAAAAGAGCGAGCAUUCUUGCGCUUCCUUCACCUUGAGGCGAGUUUUCAAGUCUACUGAAGGUGAGAACGAGGGAACUCCAACAUCCUCGAACACAGUGUUGAAACCUAGAGAGCAGCCUGGACCGAGCUGUUCCACCAUUGUUAAUAAUCUGGAAGACGAAACACUGACUACAGAUCAACGCGCUACUACACAUGUGCAGGGAAUUCCAACUCCUGAAAUCUACGAGUCGCCAAAGGUAACUUCAAUAGCUGUCAGGAAGAAGGAGAGUGCUCAAGUCCAGCUGUUGGAUAUUAACUUUCCCCCGAGGAAUGCCAAAACUGCUGCCUCCCCGCAAUCUGCAAGAAAAAUGCCUUCAAACCAUGAUGAAAAUUGUGUAGAUCAGCCUCCCUCUCACCAAGUGCUGAGAAAACAGGAAAACUUUAGUGAUGGCCCGCAAAUCGACCCUUUAGCAGAUGCUGAGGUUGCCUCCUCAACUGGCUCCAUAAAUGGGGCUCAGAGCGAGGUCCAAAGUUCAUCCCCUGUCGAGGCAUCAGAGAUGCAACAUGAUUACAGUAGCGAGGGAGAGACUACCAUGUACUCCGCAGAAACUGCAGAAAGCCGAAAUAUUCCAAGCCCUAGACACGGGAAAUUCCAGCAGGUAGGGAGGAGCCAAAGCUGCAUGAAUUACAACAGAUGGGGAGCUGUACAAAGAAGUUCGGCUGCACACAGGACAACAACACCAGAGAAGCAUAGAAACUUCAUGCAGGGUAGAAAGGUCUACUCUCAAGGCGCAACUUCGCAGAGGAGCAAUGACUAUUUCAGCCCCACGGUUUCUUCCAUCAUGAAGAAACGAAACACCCCACCCGAGGUGGUACCCAGCAGGCCGCGUCAAAGCACAGGAAAUUCAUCUCCAAGAUGGAUGUUCUAAGCUCUAGCUGCAACAACUAUUUCAGUCCCAUGGUUUUUUCCACCAUGAAGAAUCGAAACAACCCCUAUUUCAGUCCCAUGGUUUUUUCCACCAUGAAGAAUCGAAACAACCCCCCGCCCCCACAGGUGGUACCCAUAGGCUGCGUCAAAGUGCAGCAAAUUCAUCUCCUAGAUGGAUGUUCUUGCCCACAAAAGGCGAAAUUCCCUCGUCCCCAGAUGGAUGUUCUAAGCUCUCUGACUGCAGAAAGGCAAAUUCUUUUCAUUUGCUCACACUUUUGGCAAGCUCUUUUUUUCCAUACUGUAACUAAUUUAUUGUGACUACUAGAUAUGUAGAGCAUAUAAAAGAGCUACUCCAAAUUAGAACAGUUCUGAACAAGCCAAAGAUGUAUUGUUCACUUAUAUAGCAAAAACUACAAGACUGAUUUAUAUUCUAGAGGUAAUAAUUUCCAGUCUACUUUUAAA